CUCCACAACGCCACAGCCCGGAGGAGUGACCCAUAGCCUUACCUCAAUACUCAGAAUGCGUCCUUUCACGCCCCGGUAGCGAUGUGAAACAAUCGCUUCAUUACCGGCACCGACAAGAACGCAUGUCCCGAAGCGAAAGCGAGAGCAUGCGCGUGCUAAACCGGUUCCUUCAACGUCCCGCCCGGUUUGCCGUCCGACACGCCAACGCAUCACAUGAGAUGGCUACCAGCGACAAGGAAACAAGACAAAGCAUCUAGACAUGAGCGGGGAUUGGCGCAUCCGCUCUGGGAUGAGAGAGGACAGCAAGUGCGCCUUGUGCGCCCGUUAUCAAGAAAUCAUACCGUCUCUCCUCCGCUCUUCCGCUCCAAAGUCCUAAUGGAUUCCCCUUACCUGCGCUCACCGGCCUUAUUGGGCUUAGAGAUGGGAAGAAUUCUUCGCCGAGUCCGCUUAAACCCACUCUGCGUGGCCUUCCACAUGUCAUACUGUGUUAUCCCGCCAAAGGUCUGACGCCCAUUAUUCCUUGCUCUCCUUCCGCCGUAGCGAGUAUGCGUAGACUAAAGCUGUUGACAUCGCU